AAUGGUCCAACCCAGGCAUAGAAGAGCAGCAGCUCCAGCUCAUCCGCCAGGGUCGGAUUUAUUUCCCACCACUCUUCACACUUCCCGCCUACGCUUUCGUCUGACCACACAAAUCCACUUCCCACCAUUCCAACCCAAACAAACAAAACUCUCAAAAAAAGCAAAACACAUUUCUCCACACAAGAACAAGAAGAAAAAAAAUGGGCAUGCCAUUGUGGGGAAGCAACAGCAACAACAGCAUUGGGAAGGAGAGUUGAAUGGGCAAUGUUACGGGGAGCGUGGCCGCGAAACUCGCGUUUUUCCCGCCGGAGCCGGCGACGUACGAGGUAUGUCGGGAGGAGGACGGGAGGGUGGCGCUGUCGGGGGUGAGCGGGGACAAGAACCUGGUCGCACACGUGUUGGACACAAAGGUUGGGAACAAGAUCGUGGCCACGUUCUGGAAGCACCCUUAUGCGAGGUUCACCUUGCUCUACUCCCAUGGCAAUGCCGCUGACCUCGGUCAGAUGCAUGACCUCUUCCUUGAACUCAGGGCUCACCUCCGCGUCAAUAUCAUGAGCUAUGACUAUUCAGGAUAUGGAGCAUCUACUGGUAAGCCAUCUGAGAUCAACACGUAUCAUGACAUAGAGGCUGUGUAUGAUUGUUUGAAGAGUGAAUACGAAAUUAAGCAAGAAGAUUUGAUUUUGUAUGGUCAAUCAGUUGGUAGUGGCCCCACCGUACACUUGGCUACUAAGUUACAGAAUUUGAGAGGUGUUGUUAUUCACAGUGGCAUCCUUUCAGGGAUAAGGGUCUUGUACCCUGUCAAGGUGACAUUUUGGUUUGACAUAUUCAAAAACUUAGAGAAAAUGAGGCAUGUUGACUGUCCAGUCUUAAUUAUACAUGGAACUAAUGAUGAAACCGUUGACAUUUCCCAUGGAAAACGAUUGUGGGAACUUUCCAAGGAAAAAUAUGAGCCUUUGUGGGUUAAGGGUGGGGGUCAUUGCAAUCUUGAGGCUUUCCCUGAGUACAUCAAGCACAUGCGCAAGUUCCUAAAUGCCAUGGAAAAACUCACAAUCACUGGAGAAACAAACAAACAAUUCACUCAAAAUCCUAGUAAUAACAAACACAACAACGAUUCUGAUUUCAAAAGUAACAAAUGUUUAAGAUUUGGUAAAAGAUAGCUGGAUCUAUUUGAUAUUUGAGGUUUUGCACUUAGGAAAUCAGAACGGUGGUUUGAUUGAAGGUUUUGAUCAGCACUAUUUUCACUCAUAGACUCAAGAUUUGGAAGCCAAAGUCGUUGAUCCAAAUCCUGUUAAAAUGGCCAUUUUUUGGAUGAAGAACUCGCAAGUGUUGUUUGCCUGGGGUAAUCGUGAUGUACUUGAUGUUAUCUAGCAAACUUGAGUUUAUGUAUAGGCCCUCAUCAUUAUGAGAAAAAGAAAUUUCUUUUUAACAGUUCUAUGGA